AAAAAUGACGAUUGUUUAACAAUAUUGUUUAUAGUGUACAAUUCAUUCGUUUGAAAACCCUUUUAAUAUUUGAAUUAAAAAUGUUUUGUUGCCUAAAGGGGUGUCUCAACGGGUUUAACCUGACACCAACUGUUCCUAUUCGUAUCAAGGAGAAUCCCGUGCAACUGGAUACUUUACACAUGGGACAUGAGGUGGUAGUGGUGAAAGGAGGGCAGCGAGUGUGUGGGUCGGGCUGCGCGCUGGGAAAUGCACCGCUGGUGCAGAACAAGGCAUACUUCGAGGUGAAGCUGCAGCAGGGUGGUGUGUGGGCAGUGGGCCUGGCCACAAGGGACACUGACCUCAAUAAAGUACAUGGCGGAGUGGACAAAGAGUCGUGGUGCCUGAACAGCGACGGCACGGUGCGGCACGGGAACGAGGAGCUGUACCACCUGUCGCCGGCGCCGCGGGACUCGCCCACGGCCGACCUGCUGGUGGCCAUGGCCACCGACACGCCGGCGCCCGCGCCCGAGCCCGAGCCCCGCGACGACACCAACCCCUUCGCCGUCAUGCCGGUCGAGGGCGACACCAUCGGACUCGCCUACGACCAUGUUGAGCUCAAUUUCUUCGUAAAUGGAAAAAACAUGGAGAUACCUGUUAGGAAUAUCAGGGGGACGAUUUAUCCCGCUUUAUAUGUUGACGAUGGCGCGAUAUUGGACAUUAUACUGGAUAACUUCCUGUAUCCUCCUCCGACGGGCUACGAAAAAAUUAUGGUGGAGCAAUCCCUACUCUAACAGAAGAGACGAGGACUGUGUGCAUGGACACUCGUGUGUGCGCGCGUGCGGGCCGCGACCCGCGCCCUCUGAACGGCACGCUUACUGUACGGAAGUGUGUGUCGCUGUGCAACGGCACCUUUACUUAAGAGCCAACGGGAGUGGUCAUUUCUCCAUACAAACGUACUCCUCGUUUUCCUCCGUGGUUUUUGAAGCUAGAGCAAUGAUUUUUUCAACACAGAUUAAUAUUGUCAAUAUCUGUGUCGGACCGUUUUGCUUUUUUUUAUAUUUUUGUUUUUUAAGGCGCUAGAGCCCUUCAAAAAUGGCCAAAAUGGCCUAAUUGACUAUGCCGCAAUGAGAGGCGUGGCAUUCAAAACUGAUAUCAAUUAGCCAAAAAAGCAAAACGGUCCGACACAGAUAAUUUCAUAAUCAUUUAGAUUUCCAAAUUUGGUUACGAUUGGUUAAGUUUUGGAGGAGGAAACAGAGGAGUACGAAACCUCGAUUUUUGAGAUUUUUACGCAGGAUUUUUCGCCUUGUCCUUAUCGCACUACUUUUAGGUGCCGCUUCCGUUAGCGAGACGGGUAUAUUUAUCUAAAAUAUUUAAAACUCAGCUCCUGUUUCGUCUUAACCUACACCUCUACGGGAAAGGUACGCGCCAUAUGAAAUUACCAUCAUGUACUGCUACCACGUUAAUAUAAACAUUAUUAAGCAGACCAAACUUAGAGCCUAACUAGUGACUAAACAAAAUAUUUUAAUACAUUAAUCGAUUGUAUAAAGAAAUUUAUUAUUUAUUCUAUUUGUUAGCCUGUUGUGUCCCACUGCUGGGCAAAGGCCUCCCUCUCUUUCUUCCACGCGUCUCGUUCUAUGGCAAUAUUAGGCCAAUCUUUCCGAAAGACGUCAAGAUCGUGCCGCCAAAUUCUUCUAGGUCUGCCGUGACGCCGCCGUGUUUGGUGUCCACUCGGUAGUUUUCUUGGCCCACAAGUGUAUAAAGAAAAAAAAUGAAACUUAAUCGCAAUUUUACCGCAAUUGAUUUCUCCUGAGGAUUCAACAAAAAAAAUCGAAAAAGCGCCGCGGUUUGAUACUUACACCUACUGACGAAGACAUAUUAUUAUUAUUAUCUUACCUAAAAACAUUUCUAACUGACGUUAUAGACGUCACUUUUCUGAUUUUUCGUACAAACAUUCCGAGUUGCUAUUUUAGCAGAUAAAAUAUAUUUUAAGACAAUUAUUUUAAAUAUAAUGCUUUUGGCAGUGCAGUGCCCUGAUCCGCAUAAGGGUUUUCGUACGGGUCACAUACUAUACUAUGAAAUACUACUUACUUACCUUAACUUAUCGCAAAUGAAGCAUCAUGUUCGUUAUUGACAUUCCUGCCAAUUCGUUGGGAAGAACCACUGCAUCUUUAACCAUAAUUGAGGCAGUAGACUCGAAAUGGGGCAUUAUCUAUGAAAAGGGACCUUAUUGUCGAUAGCGCUUACGCCGCACGUCGUCGCGCGGCAUUGUAUUUAUAUCGGAGUAUCGUUAAUAAUGGCGAAAGCGCCAUCGACAAUAAGGUCCCUUUUCAUAGAUAACGUCACAAAUAGUUAUUUACGACACAAGUGCGGAAAAGAGGAAAUUCGAAACGAGUGGCAAUAAAUUAAAACACGACCGAAGGGAGUGUUUUAAAUCGACACGAGUUGCGAAUUACCUAUUCGCACGUGUAUUGUACAACGUUUUACACAGUUUUACAGUACAUAUGGCCGUUUAAACCAGGGAUGUUGCGAAUAUUCGCAUCCGCAUCCGCGAAACAUCCGCAUUAUUUUCAACAUCCGCAUCCGCAUAAAAUCGAUGCGAUCUUAUGCGGAUGCGGAUGUCGAACAAGUCGGUACAGGAACGUCUUAGCGGCGGCGUAUGUGCUAGGUAAUUUCGUCAUUACCUAUUACGAAAUCGUCUAGAUCCAGAAAAGUCGGCCAAGUUCAUCAUCAUCAUCAUCAUCUCAGCCGUAAGACGUCCACUGCUGAACAUAGGCCUCCCCCUUGGACCUCCAUUCGUACCGGUUGGAAGCGACCCGCAUCCAGCGCCCUCCGGCGACCUUAGCAAGGUCGUCUGUCCAUCUUGUGGGUGGACGUCCUACGCUGCGCUUGCUAGUCCGUGGUCUCCACUCGACCACUUUUCGACCCCAUCGGCCAUCUUCUUUGCGUGCAAUGUGGCCCGCCCAUUGCCACUUCAGCUUGCUAAUCCGGUGGGCUAUGUCGGUGACUUUAGUUCGUCAACGGAUCUCCUCAUUUCUGAUUCGAUCACGCAGAGAAACUCCGAGCAUAGCCCUCUCCAUAGCUCGGGCAAGUUACUGUUUAUUAAAUAUAACGCACCUAUAUUCUUGCUCAAAUACUAAACCUGUCGUUGUUUUUAAUAAAAAUUACUAAAAAUGUAAUAUUUGACGUUUUUUAAGUACCUAAUCUUGACAUCCGCAUCCGCAUCCGUGGUUGACAAAAAAUCUGCAUCCGCAUCAUCCCUGGUUUAAACUUUCGACAUAUGCAGGGAAACGCUAGACGAAUACAAUAGCUAUCUAUUCGUAUUACAUAUUUCAUAUCUUAUACAUUUAGAUGUGUAAGACGUAGACGAUAUAGGUAAUAUACAGCGUGGAAGAAUUGAUUGGUCUCGCCCAACGUGGGAAACUUAGAAAACUACCCUAAAUCGAUGAAAUUGCUCAAUUUUAUUUUAAACAGGAUAUCAUUUAUUUAAAAAUAUCUGUAUCGCAAUUGAUUUCCAUUUAUCAUAUGUCUAUCAAGAAUGUUAAAAGCUCUGUUUUAUAUCCCAGACACAAAAUUGCCGUUAUUAUCUGCUGUCCAAUCUUGUCUAGAUUGGACAAAAAUUACAUUAAAUGCAGUUAUUCCUCUUAAGAAACAAUACUUCUCUUAACCCUUAAAUGCAUGAUUUUUUCUUUUUUCUCGAAAUUAAUAUGUGUCACUAAUUUUGGAAAAAAAUAAUCUUAUAUAAAAUUUAAACAUCGAUUUGCACAGCUAAAUCAGUGUUAGAAGUUACAUAGGGUAAAUCAUAAUUUAUUAAAUAUGUAUACAAUUAUUGGUAAAAGAUAUUUAAAAAAUCAUACUACCAUCAGAAAUUUACACUAUUUGUGAUAUACAUAUAAUAAAGUUUUUAAAUAUAAAAUAAUUGGAAACCCCGAAAAAACCGCCUGAUUCACAUACUACAAAUCAUCAGCUUAUCGCAUUUUCCUAAAUUUCCGCCAUUUCGUCUUAAAAUAAAUGUGAUUUUUUUAAAUUACAAUUCUGCGCAUAUAAGCAUCGGAAAAUGUAUUAAUUUACUAUCAAAAAUACAAGAACAAAUCGAUUUUAUAAAUCUAAUUAUGCAUAAAAUUAUAUGUAUGUUUUUGUUGUGUAGGCUGUUUUAAUCCAUCACUAUGGGUUAACCAUAUGAGAUAAUUAAAAGUUACAAGAUGUUAUAAGAUGAAGGCCCUGCGACCCAACAAUGUCUUCCACUUUGUAUACUUACAAGAUGUUGCGUGUAUGGUUUGAUCUGAUCUCUGUUAAAAGUUGUUUAAAUUUGUUCCUUACAUGACAAUAUUUUUAAUUUAGUAAUUUAAUACAGAUGGGAAGGGUUAUGAUGGAACUUAUGGUGAUUUUCAUCUGACUUCCGGAAUUAUCCGACAUAUGAAAUUACCCGAAUCCACCUUACCUCGAGUUUACCUAGUUCGAGACUAGUAUCAUCAGAAUCGAGUCAGGGACGUGUUUCCAGCGCCGACCGUGGGUGGCUGAAGGGCCAUCGCGUCGCAGAUAUCUUAAGAUUUAAAUGUCUCUGGACUCUGCUUAUUGCACUGUCUCGGAAAUAUGUUAAGUAUUAAAUACAGAUUUCGUUAGAACAUAAACAAUAUGAUCUGUUAUAAUAGACAAUAAUCAGAUUUUUUUAAAUGAAUGCCGUUCAUUAAUCAUUCUUUCCAUUCGCCUCUCUAAAUUGCGUAGACCUAUAAUAUUGCUAUAAUCUUCUCCAUAUGAUUAUUGGUUAACCCUGUAACAAAAUAAUCUACUUUCAAACUAUUAAUUAAAAUCUAUUUUUGUAUGAAUGUAGUAUUUUAAUGAAAAUUGAAUGUAUAUAGUCAUAAUCGCGUAUAGUAACAUUAUGAUAUCUACAUUAUCUACUUGUCAUGAUAUGACAUGCUAAAGUAUUUAUUAUGUGAAUGUAUGAAUAGGAAUUUACUAUGCUAUUGCUAGACGAGGGACAAAACGACGACUGGCUAUGAUAACUGGAGGGAUAUUGAAAUUAUAAUUCGUGUGUGCUUUAAACUUAGCUUGACAUUUGUAUGUGAUGAAAUAAAUAGACAUUUUAAAUUAAUUUGAUGAGAUUGUAAUAUAUAAAAGUUGCUGUCAUAUAGGCAAUUGCGUCAAUGCGAGGGCAGUUGUCAGUAAAUUAAGUCGAAGGCAUCAUGUACGGGCCGAUUCACAAGAGCUGGCACGAAUGGAAUGAAUGAGUGAAUGAAAAUAUCUAUGUGUGUAUCACAUUAACCAAUAAAAUGGUGGCUCUGACUGUAUACCGAUACAGGGGUUACUCAUGCAAUGAAAGUUUCGUUCAUUCCAUUCGUCCAGCUUUCGUGAAUCAACCCUGGCAGCUUAAAUUGGAUUCGUUAAAAAUUCAGAUAUUUUAUGUUAUACUCGUUCAGUUUGUUACCAAGAUUUAACACUUACAUUACUGUAUGCAUAUUUCGUUCCGAAAUACCUACUAACUUUGUCCAAAAGACCAACUGUGGUCACCAAAACUAUUAGCUUAGCACCCCUGCAUACAAUUAUGUAGCUUUGUUUUAAGCUUUGUUGACUGAACAAGGAUAAAAUACCUACUUACCUAAUAUAUUUUUAUGUAUAAGAAUUAGAAUUCGUCGUUCUCAUAAAUAGACACAAGUUUAUUAUCAUUGCUUUUAUUUGAGAUCAUUUGUCACAUACUGUGUGUUUUGGACUGUAGCUGAAAGGAUUAAUGAAAGUUGCUACAAAGUAGUAUUAUCUAUAUUGUCUUAAUUACAUAUGUAAUUCCAAAAAAAAAUCCUAGUAACAAAAUUAUCAAGUUAGCUUAUGCUAAUAUACGAAUGGCUAUUUUGGAAGUGCGUUAUUACUAAACGAUUUUUGAAUUUCCAUCGCUCGAUUUCGUCACUCGAAAAUCUGUGGAAAACGGCGAAAUGCUUAUCUUUGAAAUACGAGCGAUAGAAAUUGGGAAUCUAGUGGUAUUGACCACUCGUUUUCAAUUCUAUUAGUAGAAUUUAAAUGCCUAGUAGUGGAGAUAUUAUUGAACGAAAUACACGAAAUCGAGCGGUCGAAAUUCAAAAAUCGGCCCCCAGUCCCAUAGGUUGUAACUGCUCAAUGAAAUGAAAUCAAAAAGUUAAUUGCUGUAAUAACAAAUACAGUAAGCAUGUUCUGACGCUGGUGCGAGGCUAUUUGAAGCCAUGUAGGUAUUGUAUCGAAAUCAAUUUCAAAUUACUGACAGCAAAUAAUCACUAUUAUCCUAUUGUAAUAAUUAUUUUUAGCUUCAAUGAGGUCUCGCGGCCAACAGAUUGUCAUAUCCGUAAGCAAUUAAUUGUAUGUAUUAUUGUAAGUAAUUAAUUUAUUAAGAAAACAUACAAAAAAAUAAAUGUAUUAUGUACUGACA